AAAAUAAACCAGGUGAUGGCGGCCCCGGAGCCGGAAGUGCAGUCCCCGGCUGCAGUCCCUGAUUUGGAGUGUUGUGAGAAGUCGGAGGAAACCCAGGACCCCCAGAUAGAACUACUUGAGACCGCCUCCACCCAGGAACCUCCCAACCCUUUGGAGCCCUUUCGUCCCAGGGACUGCAUGGUGCCAGUGGUGUUUCCUGGGCCUGUGAGCCAGGAAGGCUGCUGUCGCUUUACUUGUGAGCUCCUGAAACAUAUCAUGUACCAACGCCAGCAACUACCUCUGCCCUACGAACAGCUUAAGCACUUCUACCGAAAACCUUUUCCCCAGGCAGAGGACGCAGUGAAGAAGAAACCUCGGGCCACUGCUGAGGUGAGCAGCAGGAAAUGCCAGCAAACCCUGGCAGAACUGGAGAGUGUCCUCAGCCACCUGGAGGGACUCUCUGCCCGGACACUAGUCCCUCGAGUUCUGAUCCUCCUUGGGGGCAACGCCCUCAGCCCCAAGGAGUUCUACGAGCUUGACCUGUCCCGAUUAGCCCCCAACAGCAUGGACCUGAGCCUGAGCACGGCAGCUUGUUUGCGCCGCCUCUUCCGAGCCAUUUUCCUGGCUGAUGCCUUCAGUGAGCUGCAGGUCCCUCCACUCAUGGGCACCGUUGUCAUGGUGCAGGGUCACCGCGACUGUCGAGAGGAUUGGUUUCGACCCAAGCUCAACUACAGAGUGCCCAGCCGGGGCCACAAGCUGACUGUGACCUUGUCCUGUGGCCGACCCACCAUCCCAGCUACAACCUGGGAGGAUUACAUUUGGUUCCAGGCACCAGUGACACUGAAAGGCUUCCAUGAAUGA